UCUCUGAGAAACCCGGAAGUAAACAAACAUGGCCGUGGUGUCAUCGUAAACACGCUUUCACGGGGGUCGUAUGGCAACAGUAGCCAAUCCCGAGCACGUCAAUUGUGCUCGGGCCUGUCUGUGCGUCCUCUGCGGUCUUCCUGCUGCGGGGAAGUCCUCGCUGUCCCGCAGCGUCUGUCUCGCAGCAAGACAGCGUGGCUGGGGAGCCGCUGUAGUACAGUACGACGAGCUAAUCCCAGAUCAGGCUUUUCAUCCCCAAGAGGCACCUGAAGACACCACAUCACAAGAGGCUACUCGCACACAGUGGAAGUUCCACCGAAAUGGCGUUCUGUGGUGCAUUGAGCAGUUCCUGCAGAAACAGGAAAAGCUACUCGAGCUUCCAGAGAAAAGUGGCAUCGAUGGGCCCGCGUGGGAUCGCUGCGCCCGUGCUCUGCUGAUGCCGUCUCUAGACCUUGGCCUGGCUGACUCAGUGCCGCUUUUGUUUCUGUUGGAUGACAACUUCUACUACCCAAGCAUGAGAUAUGAGGUCUUCCAGUUGGCUAGAAAGUAUUCACUGGGCUUUUGUCAGGUGUACGUGCAGUGCCGCUUGGACCUCUGCCUCAGCCGCAACGAGACCCGACCUCAACCCGUGCCUGCUGAGGUAAUUGCGGAGAUGGCGAAGCGUCUGGAGUCUCCUAAUCCGAGGAAAAACACAUGGGAGGCAAAGAGCAUCAUGGUGGACACAGCAAACGAUUUGUCAGAACGUGACAUUCAGGGAGUGAUGGAGUUGAUCUCCUCCGCACUCUACGACCCUCUGAGUCCAGUUGAAGAUGACGACGAACAAAAGGAGACCGAUCGCCAAAAAUGUGCUGCAAGCGUGGUUCACCAAGCUGACCAGGCCUGUCGUCGUCUCAUCUCCGACGCCAUGAAGAAAGCCAGAGGUACUGGCACAUCUUCUCAACACAUGAGGUCCUUGGCCACCCAGCUGAGCGAAUCCAAAGCUCAAUUCCUCCAAGAUUUGCGCAGACACUUUCUUCAAAACACGAAUUAUAGUCAAGGAGAUGAUGUAGCUGUGGAUCAUGUGGUGAAGACAGCAGUAGCACGUUUUGACGAUCAAAAGCAAAAAAUCCUGUUAGAAAUAAUCCACAACCAUUCCAAAAUUUAGCCAGUAAAUUGUUUAAAAAUAUAUUUAUAUUGUACUAAAGAUUAUUCAUUUGUACAUGAUCUGAAUUGUAUAUGUUGGGAAUAAAAUAGUCAUCAUGUAA